GAUGGGAAGGUCUGCCUUUCCCUUUCUCCCUGCCCUCUGGAGGUGGAGGGCUGGAGGGCUCUCCCCCACCCCUUCCUGAGAGCUCUUGCCCUGGGGCACUUUCGAAAAUGGCCCCGGGCCUGAGAGGCAGAAGGAAAGCGGGGAGGGUACUCAGGUCUUCCCUGAGAGGAGGAGGUGGCUGUCCUCAGCCUGGGGUAGGACUGUGCCUUCCGCAGGAGUAACAGGAGGGGCACUUCCCCAAAAGGCUGAAGGAGGCAGCUUUGGAGGGGUGGGUAGGAAGGGGUGCAAAUUGAAAGUGAAACAGCUCACGUCCAGGAAAUACUCCUUCUGUCGAGGGUUCACAGAGCAGAUCAGGGCUGUGGCCAGGACUGCGCAAAGAGGAAAAUGGGCCGGGGACAGGAGAGCGGGUAUAUGGUGGGGGUUCACGUGGCGGUGGCAGGGGGGAGCUGUGUAGACGGCUUCCUCAGCUCACUGCAAGGCAGGACUGGGUAGAGCACAGGUGAGAUGUCAACAGGUAACUACAAACUGGAAAAUAAAUCUUAAGCUAACCCUGUCCUCCACCAGAACCUGAGAAAUGGCAUCCGGGCAAGGCCCAGGUCCUCCCAGGCAGGAGUGUGGAGAGACGGCCCCAUCUUCUACUUCUGAGGAGCAGGUAGCCCGGGACACCGAGGAGGUUUUCCGCAGCUAUGUUUUUUACCGCCAUCGGCAGGAGCAGGAGGCUGAGGGGGCGGCUGCGCCUGCUGACCCAGAAAUGGUCUCCUUGUCCCUAGAACCUAGCAGCACCAUGGGGCAGGUGGGUCGGCAGCUCGCCAUCAUCGGGGAUGACAUCAACCAGCGCUACGACUCUGAGUUCCAGACCAUGCUGCAGCACCUACAGCCAACAGCAGAGAACGCCUAUGAGUAUUUCACCAAGAUCGCCUCGAGCCUGUUUGAGAGCGGCAUCAACUGGGGCCGAGUGGUGGCUCUCCUGGGCUUCGGCUACCGCCUGGCCCUACACGUCUACCAGCGUGGACUGACCGGCUUCCUGGGCCAGGUGACCCGCUUCGUAGCCGACUUCAUGCUGCAUCAUUGCAUUGCCCGGUGGAUUGCGCAGAGGGGCGGCUGGGUGGCAGCCCUGAACUUGGGAAAUGGCCCCAUCCUCAACGUGCUGAUAGUUCUGUCUUUGGUUCUCUUGGGCCAGUUUGUGGUACGAAGAUUCUUCAAAUCAUGACUCCCAGAGGGGCCCUUUGGGGUCCUAGCAGACACCCCUGCCUGGACUUCAGCCAAGCCUUCUCCCCUCCCCCCCCUCCCCAGCAGGGCCCCCCCCCAAACAAGCUUUAGCAAGUGGGCACUCCAGCUUUAGGAGGGCCUCUGCCCAGGGGCCAGUCAGACUGCCAGGGUGCCCCAACAUUGCAUGGUGCUAAUGGACCCCCUCUCUGGGCCCCAUCCUGUCAGAGAGGGGCUGUAGCCUUCCUCGGCUCUCUGGGACUCCAUCAGCCUUGUCUAUUGGACACUGAGGAGAUUGACAACUUGGGGAAGCAAGAGGCUGAGAGUCAUUUCCCCCCAAAUUUUUAAUGGUUAUAUCUUUUUAUAAUGCCCUUGGAAGGACUCUCCCCGCCCCCAUUCCCACCCAGGAUAUCUGGGAUGUGGGGGUUAGUAGGCCACCCUGUGUUCCCCAGGAUUCAGCUGUUCUAGAAAGUCAGAGCUUGAUUGCUGGGCCUGGAGCCCAGUCCUGGCCCUUCCUAAGCUAUCGCCCUGCUCCCACUCCCCCCACCCCAUACUGCCUUUGCAGUGGACUCUCAGGGAUUCUGGGCCUGGGUGUUGGAUGGGGAUGAAGUGGGGGUGCAGACCAGAGCUGUCAGAACUUCAUCAGCACCCCCCAGCCUGCCUCCCAAGAUCCUCAGUGCUCCCCCUUUCCCUCACCUAUUACCACUUAAACCCAAUCUAUUCACUACAAGUGAAACCCAACUUGCCCCCAUCACUCCAGAUAAGGAAGGAGGGGUCUUGGGUAAGUGGAGUGCUGAGGUCCCCUCCUUGGCCAGACUAUAAACUUUAGGACUAGUUUGUUAUUGUCAGGGAAAGGGGGUAAGGAGCUCAUUUGAGGUUUCUGAGUGAGAAAAGGGCUGUUAACGUCACCAGCAACCCCGGAGUUGGGAUCCUCCCUCAAGGCCUGGGCACAGUGUAAUCUGGGGGUGUGGAUGGGGAAACUGUGAAUACUUGAACUCUACCCCCCACCCCCCAACUCUCCACACUCCUCACCUGCCUAAGCCUGUCCUGUGGAUGGGGGUGGGAAUGCCUUGUCUAUCUCUCAUACCUAGAGGUUUGGGGUAAGGAGAGAGAAGUUCUUGAGUAAGCCAAAUGCAGGGGGGGACGCAGACGGAGCCCGCUGGCCAGCCCUCACCCUCGGAAUAUGUUUAAAAAUAAACUUUAAUCAACUUUAAUCCCCUAA